AUGGUCGGCUCUGGCACUGCCGUGGUCGGCUCUGGCACUGCCGUGGUCGGCUCUGGCACUGCCGUGGUCGGCUCUGGCACUGCCGUGGUCGGCUCUGGCACUGCCAUGGUCGGCUCUGGCACUGCCGUGGUCGGCUCUGGCACUGCCAUGGUCGGCUCUGGCACUGCCGUGGUCGGCUCUGGCACUGACGUGGUCGGCUCUGGCACUGCCGUGGUCGGCUCUGGCACUGCCGUGGUCGGCUCUGGCACUGCUGUGGUCGACUCUGGCACUGCCAUGGUCGGCUCUGGCACUGCCGUGGUCGGCUCUGGCACUGCUGUGGUCGGCUCUGGCACUGCCGUGGUCGGCUCUGGCACUGCCGUGGUCGGCUCUGGCACUGCCGUGGUCGGCUCUGGCACUGCCAUGGUCGGCUCUGGCACUGCCGUGGUCGGCUCUGGCACUGCUGUGGUCGGCUCUGGCACUGCCGUGGUCGGCUCUGGCACUGCCGUGGUCGGCUCUGGCACUGCUGUGGUCGGCUCUGGCACUGCCGUGGUCGGCUCUGGCACUGCCGUGGUCGGCUCUGGCACUGCUGUGGUCGGCUCUGGCACUGCCGUGGUCGGCUCUGGCACUGCCGUGGUCGGCUCUGGCACUGCUGUGGUCGGCUCUGGCACUGCCGUGGUCGGCUCUGGCACUGCCGUGGUCGGCUCUGGCACUGCCGUGGUCGGCUCUGGCACUGCCGUGGUCGGCUCUAGAGUGUCACACUAA